AUGGUUAUUGAAGAAAUUGAAAAUUUAAUUGAAGAGAUUGUUAAAAAUCAUGGUAUGGGAAUAUCUUAUUUUGGUGAUAUUUUAACAACAUCCCAAAUAAAUGAAGAGAAAUUAGUGAUUAAAUACCAAACAACUGAGGGAUCUGAUAUGUGUAAUGAAUUUAAAAAUGUUAUAAAAGAAAUUGUUGACGAUCAUUAUGCCAUAAAAAGUGGAAACGUUAUUUGUUAA